AUGACCUCAGUACAAGAAAUAAGAAUCAAUCAUCCAAACAACGAUUCAGUCAUCCAAACAGCGACCUCAGUACAAGAAUCAGUCAUCCAAGAAAAGAUCUCAGUACAAGAAACAAGAUUCAGUCAUCCAAGCAACGGCCUCAGUCCAAGAAAUAAGAAUCAGUCAUCCGAACAAAGACCUCAGUACAAGAAACAAGACUCUAUCAUCCAAGCAAAUACCUCAAUACAAGAAACAAGAAUCAGUCAUUCAAACAGGGGGCACAAAUCAAGUGACUUAAACCAGUCAUCCAAGCAACGACCUCAGUACAAGAAACAAGAAUCAGUCAUCCAAGCAACGGCCUCAUCAUCCAAACAGCGACCUCAGUACAAGAAUCAGUCAUCCAAGAAAAGAUCUCAGUACAAGAAACAAGAUUCAGUCAUCCAAGCAACGGCCUCAGUCAAAGAAAUAAGAAUCAGUCAUCCGAACAAAGACCUCAGUACAAGAAACAAGAAACAGUCAUCCAAGCAAAUACCUCAAUACAAGAAACAAAAAUCAGUCAUUCAAACAACGGCCUCGGUACAAGAAAUAAGAAUCAGUCAUCCAAGCAAAGACCUUAGUGCAAGAAACAAGAAUCAGUCAUCCAUACAACGACCUCAGUACAAGAAACAAGAAGCAGUCAUCCAAGCAAAGACCUCAGUACAAAACCAAGAAUCAGUCAUCCAUACAACGAUCUCAGUACAAGAAACAAGAAGCAGUCAUCCAAGCAAAGACCUCAGUACAAAAAACAAGAAUCAGUCAUCCAAACAACGACCUAAGUAUAAGAAACAAAAAUCAGUCAUCCAUACAGCGACCUCAGUACAAGAAACAAGACUCAGUCAUUCAAGCAAAAACCUGAAUACAAAAACCAAGAAUCAGUCAUCCAAACAGCGACCUAAGUACAAGAAUCAGUUAUUCAAGCAUAGACCUCAGUACAAGGGACAAGAAUCAGUCAUUCAAACAACGAACUCGGUACAAGAAACAAGAAUCAGUCAUCCAAGCAACGACCUCAGUACAAGAGACAAGAAUCAGCCAUCCAAGCCACGAAUCAGUCAUCCAAGCAACGACCUCAGUACAAGAAACAAGAAUCAGUCAUCCAAGCAUCGACCUCAGUACAAGAAACAAGAAUCAUUCAUUCAAACAACGACAUAA